AUGUUAAUCUUCAAGACUAGCGAGAGUGGAAUGGGAAAGGACUUAAUGAAGUCCAAAUUUGUUCCUAUCCAAGAUAAUCUCAUGUUUGACAUCAACGAUGGCGAAUUUAUUGAAACAAAUUUGACUUUCAACUUCAAAGUCAUUCACUUAUUCAGUGGCAAAAUUGAUUUUAUUUCUCCGAGCUAUUUCGAUGCGCAUAUGGGAAGUUGUCAGGCAAAAGUAGCUUAA